GGUCCCAAGGUAUAGACUAUACUGCGAAGUGCCGAUACCGUCUCGUAAGCCUGCAAAUUUGAAUCUGCCUGUGCGUCUGUUAAGUUACGCUGAGUAUAUAUACAUGCGAACGCUUUACGCAACAGCUGCUGUUAUAGAAGCGAGCAGAACGUCAUUGUGAUUCCAAGGUAGACUAUACUUGGCCGUCUUGUCGAACCUGCAGGCUUACAGAACCUGCAGAACUUGUGCAUGCUUCUGCUCAGUUGGACUGAAUACUGACUGGCACAAUUCCCCACUACAAAUUAAGUGAUCGUCGGGGACUCGGAAGGGGAGAGCUAGAGCCAUGACGAGGUACGUGCUAAGCCUCAUCUUCAUCGUGCCGUGGGCCUGGGAAACCACUGUCGCGGAAUCUGCGACCCCGUGCGACCCCAGCGUGUGCAGCUUGCGCGACAACUGCUUCUGCUUGGGCACGCGACCGCCGGCUAACCUGAGCGCCAGCAGCAUGCCCCAGUUCGUCAUGCUGACGUUCGACGACGCGGUCAACGAGCAGAACAUGGACUUCUACCGCCAGCUGCUCGGUCCAGGAAGGCGCCGGAAUCGGGCCAACGGCUGCAACCUGGCCGCCACGUUCUUCGUGUCGGCCAAGCACACCGACUUCUCGUUCGUGCACGAGCUGCACAGCGUGGGCAGCGAGAUCGCGAUCCACUCCAUCACGGAGUCUAAUACGUUCUCCCGAUACAUGGGCCACAUCCGCAGGCACCGCAACAACGUGAGCUACUGGCGCACCCUGGACGUCGCCGGGUGGGAGGCGGAGUUCGUGGGCGACCGCGACCUGCUGCGCGACUACGCGUUGAUCCCCGAGCGGGACAUGGUGGGAGCGCGGGCGCCCCACCUGGAGCCGGGCAACGGAGAAGCGUACCGCAUGAUGCGGCAGAACGGAUUCGUCUACGACUCUUCCGUCAGCAUCGACUACAUCAACAAGACCGACAAGCUGCCCGUGUUCCCCUACACGCUGGACUACGGCCUGGCGAUGGAAUGCUCGGUGCCGUCGUGUCCCCGUGGUAGCUACCCGGGCCUGUGGCUGGUGCCGCUCGACCAUUUCUAUCGGAGCACCCUGCGCGGUGACCGAUCGCGCGCGCUCGGCAGCAGCUGCGCCAUGCCCGACUCCUGCACUCCGCAGCCGACCACGGAGGACGACACGCUGGAUUACCUCAGGUCAAAUUUCGAGCGGUACUACCACACCAACAGAGCUCCGUUCCCGGUGUUCAUCCACGAAACCUGGCUGUGGAAUCCGGGCCGCCGGCAGGGUUACCUUUCCUUCGUCGACUGGCUCCUCACCAUGGACGACGUGUUCGUCGUCACCGUGACCGAAGUGGUGCGCUUCAUGCGGGACCCCAAGCCCCUCGGCCAGUAUGCGCAGACCGGUUGCUCGAUGGCCUCGGAGUUCCGGCGUUGUCCGCAGGUCCACUCGUGCUCGUUUCCCGAAGCGCCGAUCCCCGAAACCCGGCAGCUCGUCGGCUGCAAACCGUGUCCCGAAAGUUAACCGUGGUUGCGGGACGUCGUGUGAAGAAAACCGGAGGAGGAGGACGACACGCGGGCAGUCCGGAAGCAGCCCCUUGUAAAAAUUCCUAGCAACAUUUUUUAGACAGUCUUUAGACUUUGGUUACUAGAACCUACCAACAGUCAAUUAAAAUCCUACCAGCUGUCUUUAUACAUCCUAACAACGCUCUAGUAACACCCUAGAAACAAUUGGCCACCAACUCCCAAUAGAAACAUGUUCAUAGGAUGUCUUUAAACUUCCUACCAAUUUCCUAUGAACAUUUGUCUUUAUACACCCUAGUAACAUUCUUUUAAAAGAGAAAUGUUCGUAUAUCUUCUGUUAACUUCCUACCAAUCCCCUAUUAAAAAGCCUUCUUUAUACACCAUAUUAAUAUUCUUUCAAAAUAAAUGUGUUUAUAUAUUCUAUGUUAACUUCCUACCGAUCCACUAUUAACAAGCUUUCUUUAUACACCAUAUUAACAUUCUUUCAUAAGAACAAUGUUCAUAUAUUUUCUGUUAACUUCCUACCAAUCACCUAUUAACAAGCUUUCUUUAUACCCCAUAUUAACAUUCUUCCAAUUGAACAAUGUUUGUAAACGUUGUGCCAACUUCCUACCAAUCACCUAUUAACAUUUUUCUUUUUACACCCUAGUAAUAUCCUAUCAAGAAUUGUAUCCUAUCAAGAAUUGGCUACCGUACUUCAAUUGAAGCAUGUUCAUAGAUGGCCUGUAAACAUUCUACUAACCGUCAACCAACACAAGUCUUUAGGCUCUUUAGUAACACUCUGGCAAUAUUUUACUUACAUGUGCUUAUGUACUUGCUACUGACGUCUUACUAUACCCCUAGUAACAUUUGUCCCACAUACGACCUAGUAGCAUAGUGUAAAAAUUUCUCAGUAUGUGUGAACAUGUUGGUAAAAGGCAGUAUGCAACCUAGAAGGUGCAUGUACAUGGAAAACAAAUGCAACUUUGCACUGAAAGAAGUUUAUUCACACAAAAGUAUUUACACAGAAUUGUGAGAGAAGUAGUAGAGAAAUUAAUAAAAAUAAUAAAUGAAUAAUGACUUAGUUGAUUACGGCAUGGCAGCUGUCGCAUAUUCUCUAGCCAGCAUCGAUUAUAAUGUAUUUUUCAAAUUCAGAGCUGAUGUCUCUCAGAAUGUUUGCAGAAUGAACCAACCCUCCACAGAAACAAGAUGGUCAGUGUUAACAUCAUGUUCAGGUUAGCAUAUCACAUACAUAGAACAGCUUUUUAACAAGGUUCAUGUGAAUGCUAAAAUUGUAACCGUCAUCGCUGUUUACUGUUUACUUGCAGAGGAGAUGGCAAGGAUGGGGCACAUUUUGCUGCGUUGUAUUUACUACAUGUUAUUAAAAUUAUGAGUGUCCAAAAUGUUUUCUCUACCAAUU